AUGAGUUACUUGAACCGAGUCUGGAUGACCGCCGGUGUCGCCGUCGUUAAUGGCCACACGGAUCAAGGCCGCAAACUGAAGUCAGGCAUGAAAUCCUUCCAGCAAGGUAAGAAGGCGUUUGGUUCCUCCGUCGGCGCUGAUCACACGGAGCUUCGUCCAUUUUCCAGCGUUUUAGUUUCCGACGUAGGAGUAAUCUUCGCCGGAGAUGAGACGAGGAAGCAGUCGGAUGAUUCUCUCCGACAGGUUAUGUACAUGAACUGCUGGGGACCGAGCUAA